GGACAUGGCAUUUCGCUCGACAUUUAAACCGACACUGAGCCCUCGCUGCCUCUUCAUAACACAUACCUACGCUACAGCUGGCUAGAAAGACGGCUCCUGCCCGCUUGCCAGACGUCCCUUUUCCUGCGUUCUAGGGCCAGCAGACAGAGAGUGACAGCGGGCGACGCUUCCUACCCCUGGUGACCUACUUUGCUUGUCACUGAAGAUCGUCGGUCGCUAUGAGCUUACCGUCGAACGGUAGCUCCGUCGACGACCCUGGGCUCGUAAUGAGAGGACACCCGUCAAAAGAGUCUUCUCCGCACACUUCACGUAAAAGCAGCGGGGCGGCUGAGGCAGCUUCCGUCGAAAAGGAAGACCCCGCCCGGAAACGCACCCCCGACGACUUUGUCUUUGGCCGCGUCCUGGGCGAAGGCUCCUACUCCACCGUCCUCUACGCAAAGGAAAUCUCCACCCAACGCGAAUACGCGGUCAAAGUGCUCGACAAACACCACAUCAUAAAAGAGAAAAAGAUCAAAUACGUCAACAUCGAGAAGGAUGUGCUGCAUCGCUUAUCGCAUCCGUUAAUUGUGAAGCUGUACUAUACGUUUCAGGAUGCGCAUUCGUUGUAUUUUGUGUUGGAGUAUGCAAAGGAUGGCGAUUUGCUGGGGUUUAUCAGGAAACUGGGGUCGUUCAAGCUGGAGGAUGCGAGGUUUUACGUCGCGGAGAUCAUAGAGGCAGUGGAGCAUCUGCAUAGCAUAAAUGUUAUACAUAGGGAUCUAAAACCAGAGAACAUAUUACUGGACGACAGGAUGCACAUCAAGAUCACAGACUUUGGUACGGCAAAGAUACUGGACGAUGAUCAGGAAACGAAAGUUGACACGAAGCGCAACUCCUUCGUAGGAACAGCUGAAUACUGUUCUCCAGAACUCCUGAACAAUCGCGCUGCCUCCACAUCAUCCGAUAUAUGGGCAAUAGGAUGCAUACUGUUCCACCUCCUGGCCGGCAAACCGCCGUUCAAGGGUGCGAACGAGUAUCAGACGUUCCAAAAGAUCAUUAAGCUCGAUUACACCUUCCCCGACGGCUUCCCCGAAUCAGCACGCGACCUCGUCAGCAGCAUACUCGUCCUCGACGCAGCAGCGCGGCCCUCCCUCGCCGACCUUCGCAAACACCCCUUCUUUGCCGACUUUGUGUGGGACGAUCUCCCAUCUCAGACCGCACCGGACCUCCGGCCAUUCUUGCCGGCGACAUCGGAUCACAAUAUGGAGGAUUUGACGAGUGAGCUGGCGUGUUUGACGACUGGGACGGGCCAGUUCCAUGGCGACAUUGAGCUCUCGAGAGAUCCCUUCGAGGAGAUCCCGAGUACGGACAGCGCGGAUAAAUUGAAGACCUUGAAAGAGCAGGCAAAGUCGCCGCUGCGGCCACUGGUGGUGGCGCCCACGGAAGUGAUUCUGAUGGAAGGGAUUGUGCACAAGCGUAAAGGUCUCUUCUCCAAGAAGCGAGGCCUAGUCUUGACCGAUCUACCGCGUUUGCUCUUCUUUGACGAGACCAAAUCGGGCCCGCACCCGAAGAGCGAGAUACCGUGGAUUGAUAAGCUGAAAGUCGAACUGAAGGACCCGCGGCAUUUCUUUGUGCAUACGGCGAAGCGGACGUAUUACCUUGAGACGGUGAACGCUGAGGAUGCCCAGUUAUGGGUGAACGCUAUCGAGAAGCAACUACAAGCGACAAAACCGUCCUAGCAGUCUCAAGAGUGAAUCAGAAGCUCACACGCUCAAGUCCCGAUGCGUCGACCGAGCUGUGCUGCCCAUAGCUCUCCCCUGCGGACGCGUGGGGAGACCACUCCAAUAAACAAGAAUCUGAACUUGGUUACAAUCUCUGCAUAUAGCUUCAACGAAACAGCGAUAUUUCAUUGUAAAUACACA